UUAGGGAGCCUGCGCCGCUCCCAGACACCGACGUGCCAGCCGUACAAGGCUUUCCGCCGCCGCCGCCGCCAUGCUCCGGCAUCUCCGGCGAUCCCUCCGCGCUCUUCACCGCCUACCCGCCAGCGGCCACGCAGCCUGCGACCCCGUUCCCCUCCACCGGUUCUUGAGUUCGCAGAUAGAGCCCAUAUCUGGUUGGUGUAAGCAUGCUACUAGAGACUUCUCUACUUCCAAAAAUGUUGCCGGAGGUCGAGUAUAUCAGCAAAAGGAGUUAGAACCAACUACGCCUGCAAAGGAUACUGAUAUAAUAAUCAAACGUAUACAAAAGAGCACAAGGGAGUUGGAACAAGGGCCUGUUGGAAAAAAUUUGUCUUCGGCAGAGAAAAGGAAAUUUCUUGUCAACACUCUCCUUGGCCUCGAAGAUUCAAGAGAAGUUGUUUACGGCACCCUUGAUGCUUGGGUUGCCUUCGAGCAGGAUUUUCCUCUGGCUUCACUAAAGCAAGCACUUUCAGCUCUCGAAAAGGAGCAACAAUGGCAUAGAAUUGUCCAGGUGAUAAAAUGGAUGCUAAGCAAAGGGCAAGGAAAUACAAUGAGAACAUAUGAGCAAUUAGUGUGUGCACUUGAGAAGGAUAAUAGAGCUGAGGAAGCACAUAAAAUCUGGCAGAAGAAAAUAUCCCAUGACCUCCAUUCAGUUCCUUGGCGUUUCUGUCAUCUUAUGCUGGCUAUCUAUUAUAGAAAUAAUAGGCUAGAAAGGCUUGUGAAGCUCUUCAAAGAACUAGAAGCAUGUGGUCGUAAAACUCCAAGCAAAGAUAUUAUACGGAAAGUUGAAGAUGCAUAUGAAAUGCUUGGACUACUAGAAGAAAAGGAAGCGUUGCUUGAAAAAUACAAGGAUUUAUACAACAGGCCAUCUCGAGAUGAUCGAAGGAGAGGCUCCAAAUCCAAUAAGACUGAGUUGGAUAAAAUAGAUGCUGAUGGAAGCAUGAAAAGCAAGAUGGAAACAUCUGAAAAUCAUCAAGAUCACUGUUGCCCUUCAGAUAAGGAAUCAGCUGUCACCGCUUAGUCAUGAGAAGAGAGAUUCCCCUGGAACUCUGAAAGUUAAAGAAAAAGUAUGUGUCAAAGGAGAAUAUGGGUAGUUAUGAUAACAAGUGAAGUGGUAAGCUAAAGCAGGUGGCCAUAUCUUUGCUUUCUUGAUGCUUUGCCUACCUUUUCCCCACUGUGUGACAAAGCAGGCCAUCAGAAAUCACGGAAACAUACGAUGGGAACUUUGAAGCUUGCAUUUUUGUUGGGCCCAGGCCAACCUGAAGAGCUUUGGAUAUGGUUAAUUGGUUAUGGGGCUUUUGUCUCAAGGGGACGCACUUGAUGUACGCCUACCUCUAGUUUUGGCUUUUGACCCUGAGCGUUAAAAGAAGAGAUGAGGAAAUGAUGAUGGAAGCUAGUUGUGAUGCAUAGUGCCAGGAGCUGAAGUAGUUUGCACGCUCAGUUGAUGGGCAUACGUGGCAUAAUGCUGCCCAUCUUGUUCCCAGCAUGUGGCUCUGGCCCACUACUCGACUAGUAUGUUUGAAUUUGGUGCUAAAGAUGUGCAUAAUGGAGGAGGGCCUGGGCAUUUGAUUCCUCUAGCUAUAAAGUGUUUGUUUCUCAGGUUUGUGGGCG